AUGGGGAUCCAGGGCAUGGAGCUGUUUGCCAUCGGCGUGGUCAUCAUCCUCUUCAUGGCGGUGCUGAAGCAGUUUGGCAUCCUGGAGCCCAUGUCCUCCUUUGAAGACAGCAGUGACAGUGAUCUGGAGCUGUCGGCGGUGCGGCACCAGCCGGAGGGGCUGGACCAGCUGCAGGCUCAGACCAAGUUCACCAAGAAGGAGCUGCAGUCUCUCUACAGGGGCUUUAAGAAUGAGUGUCCCAGUGGAUUGGUUGAUGAGGAGACUUUCAAGUCCAUCUAUUCUCAAUUCUUUCCCCAAGGAGACGCCACUACCUAUGCUCAUUUCCUAUUCAACGCGUUCGACAUAGACAGAAACGGCUCCAUCCGAUUUGAGGACUUUGUCAUCGGUCUGUCUGUGCUGCUCAGGGGCUCCGUCACUGAGAAACUCAACUGGGCUUUCAACCUGUAUGACAUUAACAAAGACGGCUACAUUACCAAAGAGGAGAUGCUGGCGAUAAUGAAAUCAAUCUAUGACAUGAUGGGAAGAUACACCUACCCCUGUGUACGGGACGAAGCGCCCUCUGAGCACGUGGAUAAGUUCUUCCAGAAGAUGGACAGAAACAGAGAUGGCGUGGUGACCAUUGAGGAGUUCAUAGAGACGUGUCAGAAGGAUGAGAACAUCAUGAACUCCAUGCAGCUCUUUGAGAAUGUGAUCUAGAGCCUUUGCGCUGUCGUCCAUCAACCCUCACCUGCCCAUAUCCCGCCAUUUUCAGCUCCUCCCUCAACUUAAACGUCACUUCCUUGUAGGUCUAGCCAAUGGAAAGA